AUAUUGAUAAUUAAUGUCCAUUCUCAUAUAUUGUUAUCGUCAUAACACGCGUAACAAUAGUUUAAAUGUCGACAAUGCAAACUGGAAAUGUAACUGCAAAAUUUGGCGGGAUUAGGCAAAUGAAUUUAGCAGAUCCCGAACUAGAAUUGAUAGAUCCUACUCCAGAUGUACACAGUUUGUUUUUACAUUUUGAUAAGUUAUUUUUUUGGACGAAAUUAGCGAGCAGAGUUGCGGUCCGAUGGAGCAAAAGAAUGUAUUCCUGUGCCGGCGUUUGCUCAUAUGAAUGCCGGAGCCGUUUCUGUGAUAUUGCACUUAGUGAACCAUUGCUCAAACUGCGGCCUAGGAAAGAUCUUAUUGAAACCCUACUACAUGAGAUGAUUCAUGCAUACCUCUUCGUAACCUGCAGGGACCAGGACCGAGAUGGACAUGGACCAAAUUUUAAAGAACAUAUGUACAGAAUAAAUAAAUUGGCUGGAGUUAAUAUCACUAUUUAUCAUGAUUUUCAUGAUGAGGUGGAAUUAUACCAAACACAUUGGUGGCGUUGCAACGGGCCGUGCCAGAAACAAAAGCCAUAUUUCGGUGUUGUACGUCGCUCAGCAAACCGAGCCCCCGGACCGAAUGACUAUUGGUGGAGUAGACAUCAAAAAACAUGCGGCGGUACAUUCGUUAAGAUAAAAGAACCAGCAAAAACUACAAAAACAAAAGAAACAAAGCAAAAGAAACCAAAAGAGGAUAUAACCAAAUACAUAAAUAAUAACAAAGAUUUACUAAAUAAAAAUACGCUUAUUAAACCUCCUAAGGAUAAAAAAGAUAAUAAAAAAACUAUUUUAGUUACUGAUAAUACUGAUAUACUAGUUUCUCAAGUUGAUAAACUUAAAAAUAAUGAUAAAAAUGCAAUAGAUAGUAGAAAAAGUCUUCCAUCCAAUGUUAUAGAGACGGUAAGAAAUGUAUGGACAAAUAAACAACUGCCUGGUAUUAAAAAUAUAAAUUCAAAUAAUAGUAAAAAUAAUUCCGAUACAAAAAUAGAUUUAAAUAAGCACAAAUCUAGAGAUUCAAUUAAUUCCCCACCAAAUAAAAUAAGGAAAAUAGAUGAUUAUUUUAAAAAUGUAGCCACAACUGUAUUAAAAGAUAUUUAUGGCGAAGAUUUUAAAAUUUCCGAAUCGGAAAAAGAUAAAAAAUUGAUUGCGUCCAAAAUCAAAUUAGUAGAUUGUCCGAUAUGUAAUAUCCAAGUAAACGAGGACGUAAUAAAUAGACAUUUAGACGAAUGUUUAAAUAAAGGUAUCAUAGAUAAAAUAACAAAACCAGAAAUAGCAGCAUCUAGCAAUAAAGAUAAUAAAAUAAAUUUAAAAAUAAAAAAUGAACCCAUAGACAAAAACGAACAAACUCCAUCUAGCAAUAACAAACCAAUUAAAAUUGAACCAGGUUGCAGUAAAGAUAUCAAAUCAGAAUUGACACAAAACUGUCCAUGUUGCGGUAAAACUAUUGAAAAAUCUGUACCUGAACAUUUAGACGAAUGUCUUUCAUUUUUUGAUAAUAAUAGCACAAUACCAGAGGAAGGUGCUUCUAGUUUUAUUAUGGAAACCAUAGUUCUUGAUGAUGAUGAUGAUAUUAUGGAUGAAAGUCAAACAUUUAAUGCAACAGGAACCAAAUCACCUUGUCCCUGCUGUCUUACGAUGAUUGAACAGAAUAACAUGAAUGAACAUUUAGAUAUUUGCUUAUCUUCAUAAUUGAAUUAAUAAAACACUGUUUGUAACGGAAAAGACUGAUUGUUGUAUAAAAGUGAUAUUAUGUC